UGUACCGCCACCGCACGCACUCACCCGGCCGGCAAGCUACAUUACAUGACCAGUUGAGAAGGCGCAGCAGUGGGGAUUUCCUCUGCCAAAGAUUUCCCCACCUUCCCCCACCUUCCCGAGUUUCGCCGCAGGCCAGAUGCGUUCAUCGUCACCUGAUCUGGCCACAGUUCAGGAAUUCUCACCAGUGACAGAGGGCUCUCUGUGGUUGCUUUGAAAACAAGUGUGAACUAUCACUGACUUAGUGAGCAGUAUUUUUAUGGGAAGAGAAAAGCUCCAUGAGCAGCCCUCCGGUCGUCUGAUUGAAUCCCUUAAAAUGGAGAGGGUUAGGACCAUUCUGACUCAUGGAUACCCAUACCGACAUGAGCACUCGACACAUUUCAUCAUUAGGAAGACUAUCAAGCCAAACUAUUCAAACUUUAGUCGUUGGUACAUUGCAUGGAUAUUCUUGGCAGCAUUAUACCAUCUCCCUAGUUUUCAGUCAAUGGGGUUGGAUUUGAUGAUGAAUCAUUCCCUGCUCCUCGCUAUUUAUGUUUCCUCUCUAGUUUUCUUUAUCAUCUUCCGCGUCAUAUUUCUUGGACUCUGGUAUUUGGGUCUUGUUUCUCGCAUAGCAGAGAAACAGCAAGUGAUGCUUACUAUAAUCCAAAAUUGUGCAGUGAUAAGUACAGCUUGCUGCGUGUUCUACAGUCACUGUGGUAGCAGAACUCUUUCGAGGGACAAAUCCAUUGAUCGUAGAACUGCUAACUGGGUUGCAUUUUCUCUGUGGAGAAAGCAAAAUGAGGACAAUACACUGAUUUCAAAGCUAUUGCGUAUGCAUAAGUUUAAUGACCAGAUUUGCCCAUCCUGGUUUGCUCCGGUUCGCUCUGCCAGUGAUUACCCACCUUCUGUUCGUGCUUGCAUAUCUCUUCUGUUUAUUUACUGUUCUAUUUUUAUCUUGGUAUGUUUGCUCCAAUUAGCUUCCAAUGGAUCCGAACACUCCAACAUCAUUUCACCUGUCUACUCUUUCUGGGCUAUAUUCAUUGGACUUUGCAUGGCUAAUUAUGUCGUGGAGUGGUCAACUGGAUGGGCUCUAACUCAUCCUUUACCAAUUUCGGAGUAUGAGAAUCUGAAGAAACUGUUGAAAUCUGAUUUUGAGGACACGGUUCGUCAGUAUUCUGCGACCUCAACAGAUUUGCUUAAAACUGUUUUCAACCUCAUGAUAUCAGUCACACUUUUUGUUGGUCGAUUUGACAUGCGUAUGAUGCAGGCUGCUAUGAACAAAGGUCCAGACGAAUCUAAGAGCGGCGACCUUUUAUACGAUCAUCUUGAUGGAAAAGACGAACUUUCAUUUGACAUCAUUGCAUAUGCCGGCGAUUGUGGCAACUCUACAUAUGCCAUAGCACCCUUACUUGCUCAACGUUCUUUAGUCGUAAAAUCUGAUGAUUCCAGGCUUAUAUUUCCCGGUGGAGAACUACUACUUAUUGGUGGAAACCUCGUAUAUCCAAAUCCAUGCUCAUUUACAUAUGAGCAGCAUUGUUUCUGCCCUUUUGAGUAUGCUCUCCAGCCUCCUGCUUGGUAUACGCCUGAACACAUAACAUUGGAAAACCCUGAACUUCCUCUUGGAGUUUCUGAGCUCAGGCAGUAUAGCCGGCCACAAUGUUUUAUGAUUCCUGGCAACCACGAAAUGUGAAGAGAGCUAUGUAAAUAAUGAUGACAAAGGCUACUCCACAACAUGGGCUUAGCCCCAGCCUCUGUACGUAUGUGCCUCCAGUCACACUGGAUGAGCAUGAGCUGGGUAAAGACGUGCUUCGUGCUCUGCGCAGAUGCGCCUGAGGACUCCUGUAGGAUACACCUAGUUUUAGCACCACAAAGAUAUUCUCCAAGUGAGCCGAGUCACGGAUAUGCUUGUCAAUUUUGUCUUUGGUUAAAUAGCAUCCUGUAAUACCUUCCAUGCCCAUUCACCCAAGCUUUCUCCACCUCCAAUGCCCUUGACAACCAUGCCGGUUGUCACCUCUAGCAGAACGACACCAAAACUAUAGAUGUCAGUCUUCUCGCUCGCCUUUCCAUUGUACUGAAAGUAUUCUGCAAAAUUUGCAUUUAGUUAGCGUUCAUUGAAAAUGUUUGAGAUGCCUUGCUGGAUUUGAGACUCACUAGGGGGUCAUGUACCCGUGUGUACCACAAAUGGCUGACAUGUGGUGGGACUGGCCUGGGUUGACACCCUUUCGAGAGUAAGCCCAAAGUUGGCGAUCUUGGCGUGGAACUCUGGUUCAAGCAAAAUGUUGUCUGACUUGAUGUCCCUUUGUAUAAUAUCCUGUCCACACUCUUGGUGGAUGUGGUUGAGGCCCCUCGUUGCAUCAAAGCGAUGGUCAGCCUCCUCCGCUAGUACAAUGGUGCAGGGGCGCCCUCGUGGUAACGGUGGUGCAGCCAGUCGUCGAGGCUGCCCUUCUCCAAGUGCUCGUAAACAAGCAGCUUGGCAUCUUAGCCGGAGAUGCUGCAGAGCAGCUUGAUGAUGUUGUGAUUGAUGCUCCCGAAUCUCUUCACCUCCGAGUUGAACAGUUUGUGGUCCGGAUUUCCCGUGUUGCAUAUCUUCUUGGCAGCCACUAUUCUGCUGUUGCGAUCCUUGGUGGCACCAUCAAGGCUAGGAGGUGGACAUGGUACACCUUUUCAGACCCACCGCUGACAAUAAUGUUCUCCUCAGAUAUGUUGUUGAGCACGUCGGAUUUUGUGAUGUCCAGAGGUGUGAAUGGUGUCAUUUUCCAAUCAGCCACAACUUCUUUCACCACUUGUGUGUUCUUCCGCCGCCGAAAGAGCAGCCAUAUGAUGAUGCUCAUGGAAACGGUGAUGACUCUGAUAUCGAGCACUAACAAAAUUAUCACACGCUUCUGGAGGUGGCUGCCUCCAUGGCAUUUUGGGAGAUUUAUCCUCGAGUCCCACUUGGAACAGAGCCCAUGGCUUCCAAGGAAGCUGCGGUUGUACUUUGCACUUUGCAGAGAGAGGGACACCUCCCCAUUGAGCUGGUUAAAUGACAAAUUGAGGGACACAAUUAAAUGGUUGCCGAAGUUAGGCAAAAAUUUGCUUGUUAGCUCGUUGUUGGACAAAUCAAGGCCUAACAGUGAUGAAAUUUUCUCAAUGUUCCAUGGCGGCAUUGCACCUGAUAUAUGAUUGUUGCUAAGGUCAAGUGAUUUGAGAUUUUGCAAUAAUUUAAUUGAUGUUGGUAUGGAUCCAGGUAUCUUGUUCCCACUUAGUGACAAUUCAGAAAGCAUGUGGAGAUUGCUCAUGUUGAUAGGUAGCUCUCCUGAGAGUUAGUUAUUCUGCACCAUCAACAUCAAUAGCCUAGUUCCAAACGUCAGGAUCGAGCUGGAGAAGUGGUUGUUCUGCAUCUCAAUUCGAGAGAUAUUCGAAGAUCUCUCCUUCGGCAUAGUGCCAGCGAAGUUGUUCGAUAUUAGCACUGUGUGCACCAACGGCAACCACCAUAUAUUCACCGGAAACUCCCCUGAGAAGUUGUUACCGAGCAUAAUGUUAUCCAGUAAGAGGCAGUUGCCAAUGCUCGCUGGGAGCUCGCCGAAGAAGCUGUUUUAGAAACUACUAUGUUGAAUAGUUUCCCGUGAGCGAAUAUCUCCUCCAGUAGUGAGCUAGACAAGCUUUUGUUGUAGACCUCAAUAUUUCCAAGCGGCGAGUGCUUCCCAAGUUCUUGUGGCACCUCACCUGAGAGCAUAUUGUCAAACAACUGGAUGUAUUGGAGGUUGCGAAUGAGGUCAAUGCUUCUAGGGAUGGGGCCUAUGGACUCAUUGUUGUAUAGGAUGAUAAUGGUUAUUUUCUUGAGUGUCCCAAAGUCUUCUGGUAUGCAGCCAGUGAGUUUGUUUGCCGACAAGUCUAUCUUAAUCAAAUUCACCGUAGUGAUGUUGUACGACAGCUCCUCGGUGAGUCCAUUGUCAUACAAGUACAAGAUCUCAAGCUUUCCGUGUUGCGAGAUCCAGACAGGGAUUGAACCACUGAGCUUGUUUCCCCACAGGUCGAACAUGGCUAGUUCCUUUAGGCUUGAGAAUGCCUCUAUAAUCUCGUCGGUGAAGCCAUUUGGAGUGCCGAAAGCUCGACCAUCGGCAUCGGCAGAACUACACUAAAGUUAUUGUUAGUUAGGUUGAGAUGCUUCAUAGAUGGUGAUAACCCUUUGAUGUCUUGAGGAAGGAAUCAAUGGAAGCCUUUGUAGGAGAGAUCAAGGUACCAAAGCAAGGAGUAGGCGUAGAGCAUGAUGCCGGGGAAUCUCCAAAUGAGCUUGUUGUACGAAAAGUCAAGGUGGAUCAGGUACGUGAGGUUGCACAUAGACGGAGGGAUGCUGCCGGUAAGAUUCAAAUGCUUGAAUGAAAGCCCUCUAACUAGACCUCCACUGCUCCCCACACAGCUGACACUUGCCCAAUUGCAAUGAUGCGUGGGGCAAAACAACCGGUCAUUGCAGCUGGGCUGGUGUCAGCUGCGUGGCAGUAGGUGGAGGCCAAGUUAUGGGGAUUUUCUUCUAGUGUUAGAAUCUUAUCGGCAAUAUCCCUCCAUCUGUGUGCAACCUCAAGUACCUGAUCCAUCUUGACUUUUCAUACGACAAGCCCACUGGGAGAUUCCCUGUCAUCACAUUCUACACCUACUCCUAGCUACAGUACCUUGAUAUCUACUACAACGGCUCCCAUUGAGUACUUACUCAAGAUAUCAGCGGACUACCACCAUCUAUGACGCAUCUAUACCUGACUAGCAACAAAUUUUGUGGUGUUCUGCCGACGGUGAUGGCCAAGCAUUAGGCACUUCAGAGCCUACUUCUUGACACGAAUGGCUUCACCGGUGAGAUUCCAGAGGCAUUCUCAAGCCUAAAGGAACUAACCAUUUUGUACAUGUAGGGCAACAAGUCAAUGGUUUGAUCCUCGUCUACAUCUGGCAGCACCAAAACCUCGAGAUUUUGUACUUGUAUGACAAUGGACUCAACAGAAAGCUGUCGUGCAACUUCACUGCAAUGAAUUUGAUUAAAAUAGACUUGUCAGCAAACAAACUCACUGGCUACAUACCAGAAGACUUUGGGUCACUCAAGAAACUAACCAUUAUCAUCCUAUACAACAACGAGUUCAUAGGCCCCAUCCCAGAAGCAUUGGCCUCAUUCAUACUCCAAUACAUCCAGUUGUUCGACAAUAUGAUCUCGAGUGAGGUAAGGUACCACAACAACUUGGGAAGCACUCGCCGCUUGGAAAUUUUGAGGACUACAACAACUUGUCUGGCUCACUAUCGGGGCAGUUAUGCGCCAUGAGAAACUAUUCAACAUUGUAGUUUCUAACAACAGCUUCUCCGGUGAGCUCCCGGAGCAUUGGCAACUACCUGUCGCUGGAUAACAUUAUGCUCGUCAACAACAACUUCUCUGGGAAGUUUCUCGUGAAUAUAUGGUGGUUGCCAUUGGUGCAUACAUUGCUAAUAUCAGACAACAACUUCACUGGCACUAUGUAGAAAGAGAUAUCUUCGAAUAUCCCUUGAAUUGAGAUGGAGAGCAACCACUUCUACAACUCGAUCCCGACAAUUGAGACUGGGCUAUUGGUGUUGAUGGUGAAGAAUAAGCAACUCUCGGUAGAGCUACCUUUCAACACAAGCAAUCUCCACAUGCUUUCUGAAUUGUCACUAAGUGGGAAUAAGAUAGAUCCGUACCAACAUCAAUUGAAUUGUUGCGGAAUCUCAAAUCACUUGACCUCAGCAACAAUCGUAUAUCAGGUGCAAUACCAGCAUGGAGCAAUGAAAUGAUUUCAUCACCAGUAAUCCUUCAUUUGUCCAACAACGAGCUAACAUGCAAUAUUCCGCCUGGCUUCGGCAACCAUUCAAUUGCGUCCCUCAGUUUGCAAUUUAUAACCAACUCAAUGGGUGGUGUCCCUCUCUCUCUACAAAGUGCAAAGUACAACCACGGCUUCCUUCGAAACCGUGGGCUUUGUGCCAAGUGGGGAUCAAGGAUAAAUCUCCCAAAAUGCCAUGGAGGCACCCACCUCUACAAGCAUAUGAUAAUCUUAUUAGUGCUCGGUGUCACUAUCAUCGUCACUUGUAUGAAUACCGUCAUACGACUGCUCUUUCGGCAACGGAAGAACACACAAGUGGUGAAAGAAGUCGUGGCUGAUUAGAAAAUGACACCACACCUCUGGACUUCACGGAAUCUAAUGUGCUCAACAACAUAUCUGAGGAGAACAUUAUCGGCAGUGCGGGUCUGGGAAAGGUGUACCGUGUCCACCUCCCUCGCCUUCAUGGUCUCAUUGAGGAUCGCAACAGCAGAAUAGUGGCUGUUAAGAAGGUAUGCAACAUGAGAAAUCUAGACCACAAGCAGUCUGACUCAGAAGUGAAGACAUUGGGGAGCAUCAAUCACAAGAACAUGAUCAAGCUGCUUUGCAGCAUCUCCAGCCAAGAUGUCGAGCUGCUUGUUUACAAACACAUGGAGAAGGACAGCCUCAACAACUGGAUGCACCACCGUGAAUGCACGGGUGCCCCUUCACCAUUGCACUGGCCGACAAGGCUGACCAUCGUUAUCGAUGCAUCCAGGGGCCUCAACUACAUCCACAAAGAGUGCAGACGGGCUAUUAUCCACCGGGACAUCAAGUCAGACAAUAUUUUGCUUGACCCAGAGUUCCAUGCCAAGAUCACCGACUAUGGGCUCGAAUGGUUGUCAGCCCACGCCAGUCCCACCACAGGUCAGCCAUUUUUUGGGACACACGGGUACAUGGCCCCUGAUGACAAUCUCAAAUCCAGCAAGGCGUCUCAAACAUUUCUGUUGAAUGCUAACUGGAUGCAAAUUUUGCAUAAUACUAAUAGUACAAUGGAGGGGCGUACUAGAAGAUUGACAUCUACAGUUUUGGUGUCAUUCUGCUAGAGCUGACAACCGACAUGGUUGCCAAGGGCGUUGGAGGAGGAGAAAGCUUGGUUGAAUGGGCAUGGAAGGUAUUACCGGAUUGCUCUUUAACCAAAGACAAAAUCGUCGAGCAUAUCGGUGGUUCAGUCUACUUAGAGGAUAAUUUUUAUGGUGCUGACACUCGGUGUUCCCUGCACGAGUCCUCAAGCGUAUCUGCGGCCGAGCAUGAAGCGCGUCCUUACACAGUUCAUGCUCAUCCCAUGCGACGGGAGGCACGUAUGUUUAGACGUUGGGGCUGAGACCAUGUUGCGGAGGAGCGGGUCCGAGAAGGGCACCACCAGCAGUCGGUAUGGCCGCCGGCGUGACUCUGUAGCGCAUGCAUCGAUCUGGACUAAUUAGUCAACCAUGCAGGUCAUAUAUCUUUGAGGCGGAUGGCACGCUAGGGAUCCAUACACGUCAUACUGCCAUGAAAGAAAUUGUUGAUAUUGGGUGUUGCAGAACUAUGAAAGCGAGGUUUGGGUCUUAAAGUACCGAAUCAAACUGCCGGUUGCAGAAGUAAUGGGGCGGUUUGAAGGCUGCGAUGAAUUGUGGUAUGUGAAUGUUGCUUUGGAGCAUGGUCGAGUGUCUUUACUGGCGAGUGUGGGCGAAUGGGUGUUUCACAUUGACAGUGAUGGAAAAUUGGUGGACAGUUUUCAUCGUGGUGUCGGAAGCCUCUGUGGGUAUGGAUUUCGGCUCAAACAAUCUCUUGUUCCGCACAGUUUCUUUGGCACUCGAAGUCUCUGUUGCGAGCACUUCACCUUUCAUCUGAUGGUGGUUGAGUGUGAGGCGGUGCUUCUUAACUGCGUGUUUUUCGCAUCCUCUAGGCUGGAAUACCUUUCAAUCAGACCAAGUAUGAGCGGGCUGGCUUCUUCUUUUUUACUUUGAUGUAUACGAAGUUGUGAUCAGAAGCUCUGAAUUUUUUAUGUGCUAGCAUCAUUACAUUGUUUUCUGUUGCAUUA